GGAACGUUAGGACUUUAAUUUUGUAUUGCGCUGUCAGUCACUCCUCUUCCGGUCACUCUUCACUUACGUGGCUGUUCUAGCUCUUCUUCCGGUCGGACGGAUUCUGUCUUUACCUGUCACACGAUGGAGUUGGAAGCCAUGACAAGAUACACCAGUCCGGUGAACCCGGCUGUGUUUCCCCACCUCACCGUGGUGCUGCUGGCCAUCGGCAUGUUCUUCACCGCCUGGUUCUUUGUAUAUGAAGUAACGUCCACGAAGUACACGAGAGAUCUGUACAAAGAGCUGCUGAUUUCUCUGGUGGCGUCGCUCUUCAUGGGCUUCGGCGUUCUGUUCCUCUUACUGUGGGUCGGCAUUUAUGUCUGAGAGUAGUGGAAAUGGCAUGUACAGAAAAACAUUCCAAGGUGAUCAGAACAUUUUUUCCGGGACUUCAAGCUUUACCACAGAAGCACUGGGAUUUUUGGAUGGAGUUGCACUGGCAUGAUGGGUGGGAUUGUGGGUUAAUAUUUCACAAAUAAAAACUGUUUUUGUUAGAA